AUGCCGCCCAACGGCACUGCGACUGCGACUCACGAUCCCGCUCCAACCCCCGUCAACCGCAAGAAGCAGAAGCGACGCGAGAAGGAGGCGGCCAAGAAGGCUGCUCAGGAACCUCACCCGCCUGCAUCUACCCCUGCGCCUGCUCGGAAUGGCCUGACCCCCACCCAACAGCAGCAACAGCAACUUCAACAGCAGCAGCAGCAACAACAACAACAACAGCAACAGCAACAGCAAUAUGCCCACCCCGAGCUCGAUGAACCCGCCUACGAAGAGGGCGCCUACUACUCCGACGACGACUACGAACACACAUACGGCGCCAACGGCGACUACCAGCAGCCCUAUGGCCACGCUCCCGUGCGCGGCAGUUCGGGCAAGAAGUCGCGGCGCAAGAAGAAGGCGCCUUCUGCACCCCCACCGCUGGCUUACUCGCAGCAUCUCCCCACGCGCCAGAGCCCCGCCCCCAACUCGCAUUCCAUGAACCGCUCCGCCUCCAAAAAAGACCGUAUAUGGAACACGUCCACGGCCGAAGAGCGAGAGCGCAUACGCGACUUCUGGCUGUCCCUCGGUGAGGAUGAGCGCAAGUCGCUCGUCAAGAUUGAAAAAGAGGCCGUCCUGCGCAAGAUGAAGGAACAGCAGAAACACUCGUGCAGUUGCACCGUCUGCGGCCGCAAGCGCACCGCCAUCGAGGAGGAGCUAGAGGUUUUAUAUGAUGCAUACUACGAGGAACUCGAGCAGUACGCGCACCACCAGCAAGACGUCGCUAGUUUCAUGCCCGAGGCUAAUCAUCGCUAUGCGUCCAGUGCUCCUCAUCCGCGCCCCAUGCUCAACCCCCCGCAACCGCACGGCCCCUACGACGACGAUGACGAGGAAGAGUACGACUCGGGCGAGGAAGACGACGAAGACUCCGAGUACGACAGCGAAAUAUCCUCCGAAGGCGAUUACAGCUCCGGCGAACCCUCCCUGCCGCCCCCAGAGCCCUCCGACUUUCUCCAGUUUGGCAGCAGUCUACAGGUCAAAGGUGGCAUACUUACAGUCGCUGACGAUUUGCUCAAGAACGAUGGGAAAAAGUUCAUUGAAAUGAUGGAGCAGCUGGCCGAGCGGAGAAUGCAGCGCGAAGAAGAGGCACAAUUCUCGGCCCACCCAAAUAUGCAACAUCGUUCCUAUGCCGGCCACAGUCACAGUGCUCCCCCGCCAGAAGACGACGACUACGACGAUGAGGGGGAAGACGAUGAGGACUACGACGACGAUGAGUACGACGAAGAUGAGGACGAUGAGGAAGGGACCAUGACGGAGGAGCAGCGCAUGGAGGAGGGUCGACGAAUGUUUCAAAUAUUUGCAGCCCGGAUGUUUGAGCAGCGAGUACUCCAAGCAUAUCGAGAAAAAGUGGCCGCAGAGCGCCAACAGCGGUUACUCGAAGAGUUAGCGGAAGAGGACAUACGAAAGGACGCGAAAGAGGCAAAAAAGGCAAAAGAAGCCCAGAAGCGAAAGGAGAAGAAGGACAAACAAAGGCAGCAAAAGGCAGAGGAAAAGGCUCGUAAAGAGGCGGAACAGGCGGCCAAGGAGGCAGAAGCAAAGGCAGCAGAGGAAAAGCGCUUAGAAGAACAGCGCAAGAAGCGCGAAGAGCAGCGGAAGAAGAAGGAAGUCGAGCGCAAGGCGCAAGAGGAGGAGAAGCAGCGCAAGGAGGCUGAACGACUGAAGCGCCAGCAAGAAGAGCGUGAGAGGCAGCAGGAGGCUGAGAAGAAAGCACGCGAGCAGAAAGCUUUGGAGAAAAAGGCCAAAGAGGAAGUAAAGCGCAAGGAACGCGAGGAACGCGAGGCCAAAGAGAAGGAGGCAAAGGAGAAAAAAGCACAAGAGGAAAAGGAGCGCAAGGAACGUGAAGCCAAGUCAAAGACCGAUAACAACAACAACAACAACAACAACAAGGAUCGCCCACGCAAGGAGGACCAAGCUGCUGUCGCGGCCGCUCACAACGCUGUUGCAUCUAAAAAGGCAUCACAACCGCCUGCCGUCGCAUUACCUCCUCAAUUGCUCAAGCAAAACUCGUCUACAGGAAUACCCUCGCCCCAUGUCACACCGGCUCUCCCAAAGGCCCCUACCCCGAAUCGACCGCGGCAGACUUCGCAGCAAAAUUCUCACGGUUCUUCGCCCAAGACGCCCCAUGCUACCAUGGCGACGAGCAAGUCAACCUCGCCAUCGUCACAGUCGCAUGGACAGUCAAUACCGCGGUCCAUUUUGACAAAGCCUCCUAUUCCGCAGCAAGCAAUGUCCACAUCACACGGCCAGCCGACAUCUCCAAUGCCCCCCAUGGGACCGCCACCGGGAAUGCCAGGGCCACCGGGCUUAGGCAUGGCCAAUAUGCCUCCAGGUCUGAACGGAUUCGGAAAUCCAGGGUCGAUGAUACCUGGCAUGAUGGGACCCCGCCCCAACAUGCCCUUCUUCGCGCAACCCACCCCGCAAGGCUUUCGCGGAUUCCCACCGCCAGGCAUGCACACUGCAGGUGCGCUACCCAUGGGCCGAGGAUUUCCAAUGGAAGGACCGCCAGGAUUCCCUGCACCCCCUGGAUUCUCAGCACCAAUGCCCUCCGCCUUCCCCAUGGGCAUGCCGUCACAUUCUCGGCAGGGCUCUGGGUCUUUUGAGCGACUUUCGAGUGUUGAGAGCCCAAUCGCCGCUCCCCAGGCGCAGCCUAUUCAGAGACCGGCGCCCAUCCAGCGACCUUCGAGCGUCAAGCCAGUCGACGACCCCAGAGGUUCUGAUAUUGACGAGCUCGCAAGCCAUCUUGGAAGCAAGGCCCUGUUGGACGACGAAGAUGACAUGCCCGAGCUGCCUGACCGACGGCCUAGCUUACAGCAGCACGGAUCUGUGAGAGCUCCAUCAUUCGGGUUUACAGACAUUCCAGGCUCACAGUAUGGCUCGUUUGGCGGGCCAGGUGGAGGGAGCAUCUGGGGAACACCACCUUUGCAGGGGUUCAACUCUGGUGCCACGUGGGGUCAUUCGCCGACCUCCAACAUCUUCAACAGUCCCUUUUCAGCCCGAGGCCAUGAGCGCAACCCGAACGAACCACGUAUUGUCUGGCUCCGCCGCAUAGUCUGUACUGCCUGCAGGACGCUAGCUCCUCGUAGCUCUGAUCCAGAAGGCUAUGUCGACGCUGCAGAAGUACACCGUCAUGUUGAUGCAUCACGGGGUGCGCUUGAACCUGUUGUGUCUAUGGACGAGAUGAAAGAAGCUUGCGAUAUUCUUGAUGUGACGCAAACCAAUGGCGGUGGCAGCCUCGAAUACAAAGAGGAAAAUGGCCGGCUCUCGCACAUCAAAUUCAGCGACAACGCGCCAGCUCCUCCGCCUUUGGGCGAAAUCGGUAGUCCCAUUCCUAGUCACAGCGUGUUGGCCGGUGGCUUUGGAAGGUUUCCUGGACUUGGCCCGCAAGGAUUUUGA